GCCGUCGUCAUGAGUGGCCAAAGCACACAGCCGGCUACGCCUAUAACUGGGCUCGAGGUGCCCAAGCAAGCGCAGCUCAACUUGGCUACAUCGCAUCAAUGGAAACGCGCUGCGCUGAUGGCCAAAACGGCUUCGGCCUGUCGCGAUACCAACUCGGAUGACAGCGAGGAGGAAGUGGACACCAAGCAGCAGAUUAAAUAUGGCAGCGGCUUCCAAGCAGCCAUGGCCAUUAUACACGAAUACUGCGACUACAGCACUAUACAUGGCAUUCGCUAUUUGGGUGAGAAGAAGCGUCCGUGGCUGGAGCGUCUGUUCUGGGUGAGCGUGUUCUUGUUGUCGAUCUGCACCUGCUUCAAGCUGACAAUGAACAUUUGGGACAAAUGGAAUAACAAUCCGGUGAUUGUAAGUUUUGCGGAGAAAUCAACGCCCGUUUGGCAGAUACCCUUUCCUUCGGUUACGGUUUGUCCCGAGACCAAAUCCAGACAGCGCGCCUUCAACUUUACGGACAUCUAUUGGCAAUUUCGCGACUUUCAGAAUAAUGUAAGCGGCAUAUCUGAGCUGACGGAUAAACAAAAGUCCAUCUAUGGCACUGUCAGUCAAGUGUGCGAUGCUCAUUUGUAUGACAUUCCGGUUGGCAAUAAAGUGCGCAAGGGCAUUGAAAUUAUCGAUGAGCUGAGCGAUGUUUCUCCCAUGUUCGAUGAAACGUAUUUGGACUGCAAGUGGCGCAAUGCGCCUAUAAACUGCAAGGAAAUCUUUCACAAGUUUGUUACAGAGGAUGGCGUUUGCUAUAGCUUCAAUUCGUUGAGUCCAGCGGAGAUCUUUCGUGCGGAAGGCAUUAUACCCGACUUUAUAUUUCGCGAGGAGAAUCGCUUGGCUACCGAAUGGAAUGUGGAAGAUGGUUAUAGCAUUAGCGCUAAUACUGAAACCUAUCCGAAUCGCGUGUUAGGUCCGGGUGCUAAGGCGGGUUUGUACUUGUUCUUAGGCGGUUUGGAAGUGGAUUUCGAUGAUAUGUGUCGCGGUCCUGUGCAGGGUUUUAAGAUACUGCUGCAUACGCCAGGUGAAGUAGCUCAGGUCACGCGUCAAUAUUUCCGCAUACCUUUCGAUCAGGAGGUGCUCAUCUCCAUACGUCCUAAGAUAAUCACCACUUCGGAUGGUUUGAAGUACUACGAACCACAGCGUCGUCAAUGCUUCUUCCAAAAGGAGCGUAAUCUACGCUACUUCAACAUUUACUCGCAGUCCAAUUGUGAGCUCGAGUGCUUGGCUAAUUAUACGCUGACUAAAUGUGGCUGCGUCAAGUUCUCCAUGCCACGUAAUGUGAAUAUGCCCGUCUGUGGUGCAGACUCGCUCAAGUGCUACAACGAAGCGGAGGAUAAGCUGCUGUUGCAAGAGUUUCAGCAGGGCCAGUCUACAGAGAAGAUAAACGCGCGUGGCAAAACCGAUUGCAACUGCCUGCCCAGCUGCACAUCCAUUGCCUAUGAAGCGGAGAUCUCCCAGGCGGACUUUGACUACAAGACAGUUGCGAGCAAGGACAGCGUUGAAGCCAAACGCGAGGGCAUGAAAAUGUCGCGUGUGUCCAUUUUCUUUAAAGAGGCGCAAUUUCUAACUUCACGCCGCUCGGAGCUGUACGGCACCACCGACUUUCUGGCCAACUGUGGUGGUUUGCUGGGUCUCUUUAUGGGCGUCUCCACGCUCAGCAUAGUGGAGCUCGUUUAUUUCUGCACAGUGCGUUUAAUUUCGAAUUUGCGUAUGCGUCGCAAGACACGCAAGGAGCUGCACUUGGCUGCCAGCAAGGAGGCUUAAAGACAAUUAAGCAGUGCCACUCUCUCACUCUCUCUCUUAGUUGCUCUCGCUCUACUUAACUCUGUUAAAACAGCAAACAAAAGGCAAAUAAAUUUAUACGCUACGCACAGUCA